CCCAAUCCAAAUUCCUCAACGGUAAGUGAAAUCCCAGUCAUUAUCUUCACAACCAGCGAUGAUACCACAGCUAAUCGGUGCCGUUCUGCUACUCCAGGUAGCUACUGCUGCCCCCGGGGACCAACUAAAAAUCGUCAACGGGACGGAUGCCACGAUCGAGGACUACCCGUUCAUGGUCUCGUUGCGCAGUCGCACCGGUGGUCACUCCUGCGGUGGAAGCAUCCUCAACGAACGCUGGAUCCUGACGGCGGCCCACUGCGUUGAUUACUACUCCACGGUGUACUACCAAUCCGUGCAGGUUGGACGCUCCGACGUGUCCCGAGAGGUGGACGAAUCGAUCCAUUUCAUCGAGGACGUGAUCGUGCAUCCGCACUACAAUCCUGGAAAUAGUGUCGUGAACGACAUUGCACUGAUUAGGUUGAGCACUUCGCUAGUGUUUGGUGAAACGGUUCAACCGGUUACGCUGCCAACGGUGAUAUGGUCCGAGGUUAAUGAGGAGGAUCCUAAAGUUACACUUAUUGGCUGGGGACUGCUGGAAACGGACGGUGAUCUUCCGACAAGGCUGCAGCAGGUGGACUACUUUGCGGUGCCCAACGAUCGGUGCAAUGAGUUCCAUGAUGAGCAUAUCUAUCCGAGCCAGAUUUGUGCGGCGGUUCCCGAGGGGGGCAAGGGACAGUGCAGUGGUGACUCUGGUGGACCGCUGCUCAACAACGGAGUGCAGGUUGGAAUUGUAUCAUGGAGCAUCAAGCCAUGUACGGUGGCACCUUACCCAGGGGUGUUGACUAAGGUGUCCUAUUUCUUGGACUGGAUAAACGAAAAUAUGUACUAAAAUUAUUGGUUUUAGUUAAUUGUUAUUGAA